AUGUCACAACGUUCAUAUCCCAGUGGCUCAUUGAAAAGAAAAAAAGCAGCUCGUCAGAAGGAAUUCAUUGACAAAUUACCAAAAUUAACCUCAUUUUUUGUACCUGAAAACGAACCUAACCUCCCUCCUUCAUUGGAUCACAGUUCUCCAGACGAGCAGGAAAAAAAUACAGGAACAUUAAUUGUAUUACCCAAUCCUGAAAUAGACCAUACCCAAUCCUCACUUAAAAAUAUGUCACACAAUCCCGGCGAUUGGGCUGCUGCAUUUACAGAAGAAAUCCGUUUAUUUUGGAUCAAAAAAGGACCUGAGUUUUUCCAAAAUAAAGAUAAUGAUUUUUUAGAGACUGCUUGGAGUUAUAAAGAAGCAAAUGAUAAAGUAAAAAUAAGACACUUGAAUAAGUCCGCUUUCGUCCGCACCCUACAGAAUGGCGAGAAAGUUAACAGAAAAUGGCUCCUGUAUUCUCCUUUGAAAAAUUUAGCGCAUAGGGAAUCUAUGACGACUUACAUCAUAAGAAGCAAAACUGUCGGUACAGUAGAUAGUGACUUGCGUUCUCAAUAUAACAUAGAGAUUGGCUAUUGGAAGGCUGUCUUAAAAAGGAUCGUUAGUGUUAUCAAAUUUUUGGCUUUAAGAGGUUUUGCAUUUCGUGGUGAUAAUCAAACCAUUGGAUCACAAAGCAAUGGAAAUUAUUUGGGAUGUCUAGAAUUAUUGAGUCAAUUCGAUCCCUUUCUUUCAGAACAUAUUAAAAAAUAUGGAAAUGCGGGGAUAGGAAAUCCUUCAUAUUUAUCAGCUAAUAUUUGCAAUGAAUUUAUCAAUGCUAUGGGAAAACAAGUUCUACAUAAAAUUUUAGCUGAGUUAAAAACUGCAAAAUAUUACUCAAUUAGUGUCGAUUCUACUCCUGACUAUUCCCAUAUAGAUCAGAUGACUUUUAUCGUUCGAUAUAUAAAAGACGGAACACCAGUUGAAAGGUUUUUAGCGUUUAUACAUAUUAAAGAGCACAAAGCAGAAUAUUUAUCAGAAACAGUUCAGACGUUUUUGGAUAAGUACGGAGUUUCUUUAAAGGAUUGUCGUGGACAAAGUUACGAUAAUGCGUCGAAUAUGACAGGACAGUAUUUAGGUCUACAAGCAAGAAUUAAAGAGAAAUGUGAAUUUGCCAUUUUCGUACCCUGUGCGGGACAUUCCUUGAAUCUGGUAGGCGUUCAUGCUGCGGGAUGGUCCGCUCGUGUUGACGCAGUUAGCGCCUUACAGAAAGGUUACAAACAAAUUUUGGAAGCCUUGAUAAUAAUUGCUCAAGAUACGAAUCAACCUGGAGAGACCAGAUAUGAAGCUCACAGUUUAUCUAAAAAAAUGAAUAAACUAGAAAUUGUUAUUUUAACAGAGAUGUGGAGCAGUAUAUUAUCAAGAAUCAACAAGACAAAUAUUGCCCUUCAAAAAAAGGACCUAACAUUGGAUAUUGCGACGAAGUUGUUGACUUCUCUCGUUGAUUUUUUUGAUAACGUGAGGAAUGAAUUUGACCAGUACGAAUUUACCGCUAAAGAGAAAUUCCCAGAUGCUGACUACAAAGAUGUAUCGCAACGUGCAAGAACUCGAAGCUCUCGUAUUACUUUCUUUGAUGGACCAACAGAGAAUGUGAGUCUUACUGAUAUUGAUGCUAGUACGUUAAGAAGCGAAGUUCUAGAUGAAUUGACAGAAAAGAGCAACCAGCAGG